CCGCCCCGCCCCCGCCAGCUCAAUAGCGCGAGAACCCGCGCCACCUGCUGCUGCAGCAGCUCCGGGGCCACCGCGUGCGGAGGCGCCGCCAGUCUCCCCGCCGGCAGAAAAAUGAGGAUAUUUAGUGUCUUUGCAUUCAUGGCCUACUGUCAUUUGCUGAAAGCGUUUACGAUCACAGUGUCCAAGGACCUGUAUGUGGUAGAGUACGGCAGCAAUGUGACAAUGGAGUGCAGAUUCCCCGUAGAAGAACAAUUAGACCUGGUUUCACUGAUCGUCUACUGGGAAAUGGAGGAUAAGAAAAUCAUUCAGUUUGUGAAAGGGAAGGAAGACCUGAAGGUUCAGCACAGAAGCUACAGUCAGAGGGCCCAGCUGUUGAAGGACCAGCUCUUCCUGGGGAAGGCCGCGCUUCAGAUUACAAAUGUGACCCUGGAGGAUGCCGGGGUUUACUGCUGCUUGAUUGGCUAUGGCGGUGCUGACUAUAAGCGGAUUACUUUGAAAGUUCAUGCCCCAUAUCGAAAAAUCAACCAAAGAAUUUCUGUGGAUCCUGUCACCUCUGAACAUGAACUAAUGUGUCAGGCUGAGGGUUACCCGACCGCUGAAGUCAUCUGGACAAACAGUACCCAUCAAGUCCUGAAUGGCAAAACCAUCAUCUCUGUUUCCAACAUGGAGACAAAGCUUUUCAAUGUGACCAGCACGCUGAGAAUCAACACAACGGCUAACGAGAUUUUCUACUGCACUUUUCUUCAAAGAUCAAGUCCCGAGGGAAACAGUACUGCUGAGUUGGUCAUCCCAGAACCAUUUCUGGCUCCAGCAAAUGAGAGAACUCAUUUCAUGAUUCUGGGAGCCAUCCUGUUGUUUCUUGUCGUGGUCCCGGCUGUCACUUUCUGUCUGAAGAAACAAGAUGUGCGAACAAUGGAUGUGGAAAAAUGUGACACCACAGAUAUGAACUCAAAGAAACAAAAUGAUCUACAAUUUGAGGAGACGUAAUCCAGCAUUGAAAUUCCUGAUCUUAAAGCAGGGAUUCUCAGCCUGUGGUUUGGGCUCGUCAGGGGUAAGCAUGACCAGAGGAAUGCGGAGGGCCAGGCGAACUGCAGAUGAUGUCGGAUGUGAGAGGCCCAAGCACUGAAAAGUGGAAGCCAGGAGAGAAGAGGAGAACAAAGCAAGGUGUAAGCAGGGGUCACCUGCCAGGAAACCCUGUGGCCUCAGCAUGACUGGGGCCUCAGACUUACGGGCACCUGAGAAAGAGAGAGGACACUUCCAAAUUGUCCGUCGCUCAUCCUAGGAAAACAAGUUGAGAUUCCCUGAUUUAGUGGUCAGUUCCUACAGAAGUGCCCGUUGGCUUCACCAGCAUCUCUAUUUGUCGUCUGUGUUAUUGAGAGCCCCAGUGUUGCAGCAAUAUUUAAGUAUGUUAUUUCUAUUUAUUUUGAGUGUGUGGAGUCUUGUCAUGUGAGUGUGGUUGUGAGUGAUUUCUUUUGAAGGAAUACUAUGGUGGAAGUUAAAAUUUUGCCACGGAACUAAACUGCUUAGUGACUUGGGUGUGUUCAAUAAGAUGUGUAGUGUUUUUAAAUUUUUUGGUAAUGUUUCUUUAUUUUUGAGAGAGAGAGAGAGAGAGAGAGAGAGAGACAGUGGGUGAGCAGGGGUGGGGCAGAGAGAGGGGGAGACACAGAAUCCGAAGCGGGCUCCAGGCUCUGAGCUGUCAGCACAGAACGCAUCUCAGGGCUGGAACCCAUGAACCAUGAGGUCAUGACCUCAGCCGAAGUCGGACACCUAACUGACUGAGCCACCCAGGUGCCCCAAGGCAUGUAGUAUUUAUAAAGUGCUUGGUAUCCACCACAGCUACCAGGACGUAGGAAGCAUAGAGAACAGACUGAUGGUUUGUAUAGGAUAUUACCUUAUUUAGCCCCCCAGUACUUUGGUUGACAUGAAAACUCUUACUCUCACACCUUAAGGUGAGGUAUGUUACUGCAGUGUCUGUUCCAUUUUACCUCUCAGCAUUACAGCCAUGUGGCAUCCUCACACACAAUGUCACGUAAUGCUUGUGACAACUGUAUUGUGGUAGGCACCGUUGCUACCCCCAUUUCACGGUGGAGGGAGAGGAGGGAUAAAGUAACUGGCCCGAGCCAGUAAAUAUCACACCUGAGAUUUCCACAGCUGUCACUCACUGGCCUUUUAGAAGACAGUUGAGGGCUGUGUUUUGCUUUAAGCAAUUCAUUCAUUCAGCAGAGACAUUUAGGAAGUGCCCUUGCACGUCCAGGACUUUGCCGGGCCGUGACUGAAGAGGACAAAGUAGCUCUCCUCAAGGAGCUCGUGGCAUGGAGGAGUGAUGGGUCAGAGAAUAUAUUAUUACAACUUAGUGCAGCGUCAUAGUAUAAGGUACCGGAGGACCGCGACGGUGUGGAGAGUCUGGAAAAGCCUCCAAAAGGAGGGAUGCCAGUCAGUGUGUUCCUCAGAAGCUGAAAAUACAUUUUCAUAAUCCAAGUGAUUUUAGUUUAUGAGGAGAAGUCAGCAUUUUUAAAAAUUGUGGACGAUAACUCUUGAAUCCCUUUUCUCUCAUUCUAUUUACCUCUGAUUUACUUACCUUUGCCCUGCAGUCUGAUGUCGAUAUAUGUCAUGUUGGUAUUAUUUUUAGCAGUUCUUUCUUUUUACUUAAGUGCUGUUGAAUUUUGAAUUCAUAUCUUUCCGUGAUUCAGAAUUCAGAUCUAAGAGAAGACAUUAAAAAGUCUUCAUUCCAUUCUCGCCGUCGAGUUUUCCUUUGCAGAAGCAACCAUCCCUGCCUUUUAUUUAUGUGGUCUUCUAAAGACCAUCUCUGAAUAUAUGUAGAAAUAUGUAUGAAAAGUAUGUCUUUUAUUUCUUUCUCUUUUUCACAUAAGUGGUAACACACUAUUCACCUGCUGUGCACUUUGCUAUUUUUAUUGAAUAUAUUAUUCCUCAUGUAGCGGCUGGAACCAAUGUGAAGUUCCCAGAGGCCGGGCGUCAUGUCUUCUUUGCUUCUUUGCUUCUUCCAUAGCCUGUUAGUAUCUUUUCUAAGACUUAGUACAUCCUAAAUAUUACUUCAUCCACAUUUAGACAACAGCAUUUGUUGAGUGCUCUGUGACUGAGUUUGGAUUUGGUUUAUGUUGUGUUUCUCAAAGUGAAACCCUUGGGUUCUCCAGGGUACACUGGGUCAACCUAGUCCUAAGGGCUGACUUUAAUACUAAUUCUCUAUGACCGAAUCAUGUGUGGAACUUGUUUUUUCCUCUCUGUUUUCUCUUGAGUAUAAACUAGACUUUGAUGUUGCAGUUGCAAAACUACAUAAGUGGGUUUUAUUGUGUUUUGUUUUUUGUUUUGUUUUUGUUUUUUUGAAAUUCCAGUACUGUACUUUGACUCUCACCUGUGCUAGAAAAGGCCCAUGAGCUGUGCCUGAACCCUUGAGUCCUACCAGUUCUCAUCACUACAAAGAUCCAAGAUACUGCUUUUCAAAACUUUGAAUUUACAUGCCCUCUCUGGAGGCCCCAGCGUAUUCCUUCUGUCUUCGCCAUCUACCUGUGUUAUCAACAAGGAAAACCUUUGCUUUGCCACAUGUCAAGGCUGAAGAAACAGAAUCUCCAACAGAACAGAACUCCUUCUGUUCUCUUUUUGUACACGUUCAUUUGUACAGCAUCCGUUGUUUGCGUGACUGUAUCCUCUGUGUGAGGUACAAGAGAGGGUUCUGGCUGAGUUGGAGGACAGUCUGUUCACUCCAUUCCUAAAUGUUAAUGCCUUCUUGUGGUGUUAGAUUUGUAAGGCACUUUAUAUCUUUGUCUUGUGUUUCACUGUAAAAGACAUAGGCAGAGAUGAUACUUAGUUCUGCGUUUUAAUUGUCAUUAUUUACACCUGCAUUAAUUUAAUAAAAUAUUUAUUUUGUUCCUCGGUG